GAUGUUAUCUCGGGUCUCCCUGCUUGAAGCGGUUUGAAUGGAGCAGUUACAGUGCAUUGAUCUCAGAGCAGCCUGUCACUGUGUACCGAGUCUCAGUCAGUGAGUCAGCCCGCAGUGUCGGACAUCUGAACCGCUUUCAGGUCAGAUCAGUGGCGGAUUAUCCAAUUCAUAUUUCAUAAAGAAUACACUGGAUGUGUAUUGGACCUGCGCGUAGACAGUCCUGCUGUGUGCAGUUCCAGAGGCUCUUUGCUGUGCUGCAGCUGUAUGUAUGGAGAGGCAGGCGGUGCAGCGGGCCAGAGAGGCCUUCCUGAGCGGGAGGGCCCGACUUGUGGAGUUCAGACUGCAGCAGCUCCACGGCCUGAAGAGGAUGAUCACUGAGAACGAGACGGAGAUCUCUACGGCCCUGAAACAGGACAUCAACAGGAGCCAGUAUGACACACCGCUCUUGGAACUGAUUGGCAUUGAGUGUGAGAUCAAGCUGGCUAUAGAGAAAGUGGCAGAGUGGGCGGCUCCUCGGUCGGUGGAAAGGAACUUCCUCACCAUAUCAGAUGAGGUUUACGUGCAGCCAGAGCCUCUGGGGGUGGUGCUCAUCAUCGGGGCCUGGAACUACCCCUGGGCCCUCACCCUCUUGCCCCUGGUGGGAGCAAUCGCUGCUGGCAACGCAGCUGUGGUGAAGCCGUCCGAGCUCAGCGAAUGCUCGUCCCUCCUCCUCCGGGCUCUGCUGCCGCGCUAUCUGGACAAGGAUCUGUACCCGGUUAUAACGGGUGGAGUGUCAGAGACCCAGGAGCUGCUGAGGCUCAGGUUUGACCACGUCUUCUACACAGGCAGCGGCAGUGUGGGUAAAAAAGUGAUGGAGGCCGCGGCUCGCCACCUCACUCCAGUGACCCUGGAGCUGGGAGGGAAGAGCCCCUGCUACAUCGACAAGAACUGUGACAUCAGAGUCGCCUGCCGUCGUAUCACGUGGGGGAAGUUUGUGAACUGCGGUCAGACGUGCAUCGCUCCAGACUUCAUCCUGUGUGAACCGUGCAUCCAGGGCCGAGUGGUAGAGUGCCUCCGAUUAACUCUCCUGGAAUUUUACGGAGCUGAUCCCAAAUGCUCGCCAGACUACGGCCGAAUCAUCAACACGCGUCAUUUCAACAGAGUCAUGGGUCUGAUGGAGGGCUACACCCCUGUGAUAGGGGGACAAAGUGAUGCCUCACAGCGCUACAUUGCACCUACAGUGCUGAAGGAUGUGCCCCCCCACUCCCGGCUAAUGCAGGAUGAGAUCUUUGGCCCCUUGUUGCCCAUAGUGGCCGUGAGUGACAUGGAUGAUGCCAUCCGCUUCAUCAACGAGAGAGAGAAGCCUCUGGCGCUCUACAUCUUCUGCUCUGAUAAGAAGGCAGCGAAAAGGAUGAUUGAGGAGACCUCGAGUGGAGGAGUGGUGGUAAAUGACGUUAUGAUGCACUACACGCUCAGCUCACUCCCGUUUGGUGGUGUUGGUCAGAGUGGAAUGGGCCGUUACCAUGGUAAACACAGCUUUGACCAGCUGAGCCACCAGAGGGCGUGCCUGGUCCGCUCUCUGGGCAUGGAGAACGUCAACCUGUCCCGGUACCCUCCCCAGGACCGCCGGCGGGCGCGCAGGGUGCGGAUGGCCCUCAAGUCCCCUCUGAUCGACAUGUCCAAGAGGACGUUCGUCUGGGCCGUCACCGCCACCGUCAUCUGUUUCGGCUUGGCUGUCGCCCUGCUGGUCAUCCUGCUCAUAGCUGCGGGCCUCAACUGCACCUGCUGGUACUGGAGAGGCUUUUACAACUACUGGUGACUGUGUCUCGGUGUGGGGGGGGGGGGGGGGUCAACAGCAGUCAACAUGUCCAGAUUUCCUUUGGCAAAACACCAUAUCCCAAACUGCACCCACAUUAUGUCUACGGCGUUGAACUGUAUGUCAGUUUCUUUGGAUAAAAGCAUCUGCUAAAUGACAUUGUUGUGUCUCGCUUGAUUUCCCCUCCUUGGUUGUCCCUCCCCUUGACCUGAUUAACUGCCCCGCCCUUAUUGUUUACACCUGUGUUCACCUUGUGUAUUUAAGCUGUGUUUGUCUCUGUGCCCAGGGCCAGAUCGUUUUGAGUUUUCACCACGCUAGUGUGCGUUAUGUUUAGACUUUUGUGACUAUGGAAUAUUACCUCUAGUAAAAAACCUUUUUUUGGAAACUUUUUGUGUCGAGUCGUGCAUUUGCUGGGGCUGCAGAAGAGAAUGAGUCUGCAUCUCCUGGGUAGAGAGAGCGAGAGAGAGAGCGAGACAGAGAGUUGAUGAGUUGAUUAGGCUGGGUGAGUGUCAGCUGGAGGCCUGAGAGAGACUUUGAGCAGAGUUUGGUUGUGUUUGGGGCACGGCUGAUGUUCCUGAAGACGCUACCACCAUAGUCAUCAAGAAGCGGGGAGAAGAUUGGAGCUGCAGUUUUUUUUUCCUCUUUCUUUUUGAGUUUAAACAUAAAGGGAGUGUUUUCACAUCGACUUCAGAGGAAGAGCUGCGGAGGACUACUUCACCAUUCAUCCCUCUCAUCAGAUAAGCUUAUCAAGCCAACACAAAAACUGCGAGAUGAACAUUGAUUUAUUCAUUUGUUUAUUUUCAGAGCUCUUAAUUGUUUGUUUUGUUUAUUUCUCUUAAACAGUUGAAUGACAUUGCCUUUCACUGGGGUUAAUGGGAUCAAAGGAAAUUCAUUGUUGUGUGUUUGUUUAAUAAAUGCCAGCUGUAUGUUAAACUGA